AUGCUUUAUCCUCUCCCUGCGGUCAAAAAUCAGACCGCACACUCACAGGUAGCCGACGACCACCCCACAUCGGCGACCACCCACCAGCAGUCUGUCGUAGGUAUAGUGGCUGUGGUCUGGGAUGGCCGAGUGAAGUCAUGUCCUCGAGGGGAGUGGGGGUGNAUUGGGCCAUGGAACAUAGGUACACUGACGGGUAAGUCUAUAGAGUUGGCAAAGAUCCUCCGGAAUAGGAUGGUCAAUAUAGCGUGUGCCCACGAAACUAGGUGGGUAGGGUCUAGGGCGAGGGAUGCAGACGGGUAUAAGCUUUGGUACUCCGGAGUCCGGAAGGGUAAGAAUGGAGUAGGUAUCUUGGUGGAUGAGGAACUUAGAGAGUCGGUGGUUGAGGUUAGACGGGUGAAUGAUAGAUUGAUGAAUAUUAAGUUGGUGGUUGGAGAGUUCACCCUAAAAAUCGAUAGCGCCUACACCCCGUAUGCGGGCCUGGAUAAGGAGGUUAAACGGCGAUUCUGGGAGGGGUUAGAUGAGAUUGUGAGUCAAGUACCGCCUACUGAGAGGCUAUUUAUAGGAGGGGAUUUCAAUAGUCAUAUUGGGUCGACCGCAAGCGGCUAUGGCAAGGUGCAUGGAGGCUUCAGUUUUGGGUAG